UUCAGUUUCAGGCGUUGGGGCCGUUUGUCCCUAAAAUUAGGGUUUAGGGUUUAUGGCGGCAGUUGAAUUCCUUUGUACAAUUUCGCUUCGUGGACGUCACUUCAUGCACACUGGAGUUUUCCAGUGUUAGGCUGAAAGUGGAUUCUGGUGCCGCUCCAGCCUCGUAAUCUGUAGAGGAUCCCCCCAACGAGCUGUAGGAACGUGUACCAGGAGAAUCCUAUUUUUGUUUUUGAUUGAAUUCAAUUUUGUGCCAAGGGAGAGAGAGUAGGAUUUUGUCAACAAGCCGUGGAGCAGUGCAUAGACGAAAGGGAAGAAGAGAAGCGGAGGCGUUAUGGCGUCAGCGCUUGCUAGUCAAUUGGAGGCCCUGGCCGUGGCCACGGGCCAGCCUACUAGCACGAGUAGGAAGAUCAGAGCGUCAAUAAUUUUUACGCCUUCUCAAGCUGCGGAUGUCGACCUUAGAACCAUUUAUGAUCUUUGCGACGCAGGUCUAGGAGAGUUAGCCGACAUCGACGGGCGGUUUGAACCAUACAGACACACCUUGUUCAGUGUGGAGACUUUGAAAUUAGACCGCGAGUUGCAAUCACGCGAGCUUAACGAUAAGUUGAAUAGAUCAAUCGGUACUUUCAUUCGAGUAUUGUCGAAUUACAUUUUGCUCAAGCCUGCACAUCAAGUAUUGGAAUACCUCAUCCGCCGCUACAAAAUUCAUAUAUACAAUGUGGAGGAUAUCUUAAUUUCCAUAUUGCCAUAUCAUGAAACUAGUCUCUUCGUCCGUAUUCUUCAACUCCUUCAAAUUAAAAACACAAAAUGGGCGUUCUUAGAAAGAGUGCAGAAAUCGGGUGCUGCACCAACUCGUGCUGCGCUGGUGGAUCAGUGCAGGAGGGACCCGGCGGUGCUCGAUACACUCUGUGAAGCUGCUGUGAAGGUCGCUCGAAUGCCGUCUAAGACUAGGACCAUUGCGUCGUUUACAUCGAUUGUUGUCAUGGAGCUGCUGGCCACUGUCCCAUCAGUGCAAACCAGUACCGUGAACAGAAUCUUGCCCUUCGUCUUGCACAGCUUCGAAGGUGGCAUCACGGAAGACUAUCGGGUUGGGGCCCUAAUGGUGAUUGGUACCUUAGCCAACAGAACAUCUCUCUCCUCUUCAUUGGCGGAGACGUUAAUUGUUUCCAUUGCGAAAAAAUUACAAAUAGAGUCUGCUGUUGAAGGAGCGCCUCUCACCAGGAUUUCGUUGAUGGUCAUGAUUCAGCUCAUGCAGACUCAAGCUAUGGAUCAGUUUCCGGUACAGGCUUUCAAAAUGCUUGUGAAGUCAGGGGCUUUUUUCGAACUGUUGGCCAAGCUUAUAGUGAUGUACGAUGCAAGCAAAUUUCUCUCCCUCUUUCUCGAAGUUCUAGUUAAACACUGUGCUGCACAUGUGAACUAUGAGCGGUCUCUAGUGGCCAUGAUCGACACAAUUCCAUUAAAAGAUUAUGUGGGACAACUGGUGGCAAAUAUUUUACAACUCUACAUGGGAAACAUUGGUGUAGAGGUUGGAGAACAGAGGAAUUGCAAGGAAAUUUCCAAGCAUCUCUUUCGAGUAAUAGAGAAGCGGUUCCCUACAGAGCUGGACAGUGCAAUCUCUUCAGUUUUAGAGAACCGAUCUGAACCUGGGAAGAGCCAGAGGAGUGCUCAACAAGAAGCCCUGAACGAGAUAUUUCUGGGAACUCUUCACAUGCCUCUCGUGGAAUCUAAUAAGACUCUUUACGCUUCACUGGACCAUCCAGAGGCGCGGGUUCGAGUGGCAGCAGUGAAGCGAUUAGCAGAGAUUGAUAACGCACAAAAUAAUAAUCUCCACACCCAGAUGAAAGAUAUGAUGUGGGAGACCUUGUUUCAACGUGCUCACGAUGAAGACUACGGUGUAUUGGAAGCACUAUUGUCUGUCGAAAGUCUCGUUCACUACCCUUACCCAGAAAAACUAUUCAAGAUGUUGACAUCUAUAAUUUCUAGGAGCUUACACAGCAUCACAUCAGGCGUAAACGUGGAUGCUCGCGUCAUUGCAACUGCAAGUUCAACUUUGAAGCUUCUUGCGUCUGGUUUUCUCACGCUACAUCCAACUUUUGCGGAGCGAGUUGCAACUGUACUCUUCGGUCUUUGUCUUACAUCCCGUAAGACACUCCAAUUGAAUUUGGUUGCACUGAAGUUAGCAAGAACGGUACCGUUUGCACUGUUUGAAGCCUUGCCAGAGUUUCCGGAAUCAAUUUCUGGAAAGGCAAAAGAUGCAAAGAAUCAGAAGGAACAACUGUUGGUGCUUGUUAACGAAAAGUUGGUAUCUAGCCUAACUACGUGCGUGCUGAAGAAGAGUGAAAUUUUGCUGCCGGUCUUGCUUAGCACUGCUACGGACUAUGUCCAAAAUAAAUGUUUAGCCCUAGCCGUUUUGCUACGUAUCCUCCACGAAUCUCCUAAAGGUUCUAUUUUGAACGUAGUCGACGUAUGUUUGCCUUGGCUCAGAGGUCAGUUAGUUGCCUUGCAGUCAAAGAACUUUGAUUUUAAGAACGCACCUACUCAGCAGGAAGACUAUAGUGCGGCUAAAAUCAGGUUGGUUGAAUUUGAGCUGCUUGAUACACAACCGAGCCACCUCCAUGCAGACCUGUUAUUGAAGAACUUUUAUAAGCUCUUAGAAGUAAUUCCAACCAGUUUCAAGGGAAAGUCGAUCCAAACAAAUGAUCGGCUGAAGACGUUGUAUGAGAUCUUGUCAAGUGCCCGAGCUGGGGAUAAAUUCUCUUCUCAUAUGCAGCUUCUGUUGAAACGGCUGUCUGGCGAUGUUUUUCCUUUUCUCUCCAGCUAUUUUAUUUCUGGGGAUUUUGAGAAAUCAACACACCGUCACAGCCACAGUUUGGAUCUUCUGGCAUUCUACUAUUCUGAUUUGUCAACCACCAUUACCAAGGAGAGAGCUAUUUCUGAAAAAAUGACGGUUACCCAAUUGCAAGUAGCUCUGCCAGCUAUUGUAGUAGGUCUAGCAAGUCCUGUUCAGAAGGUACGAAGGAGCGCCGCAGAAUGUCUAGAACAACUGUACGCGUUGUUAAAGCAAUAUCGCAGCAUUUCACCUGAAGAAGCCAAGAAGAAAUCCACGAGCUUACCAAAUGAAGUUUUACAUCAUAGCACAUUUGAGAAAGUGGUAACAAUUCUUGUGGAGUCUAAAGCUGCGUGUACAUCUAAUGAACAAUAUGUAGCUACAGUAUUAGAGAAUUUGCUGAAUGACUCCGAAAGCAAGACUGUGUCCACCACUGAGGUACCCAGGUUGAUGCCUGCGGAUUCCAAGGCCGUUGUGAAUUUCUUCACUGCGCAUGCUUUGAGACACUCUGCAGUUGUGCAGAGAAUCCUCUUUUCAGUUUUAAAAGGCACAGGACAUGAUUUAGAGCUGCUCGGUGCCGUAGCUGGACCCAUGGAGAACCUUUUGGAACGACGUUCACGGCAUCAUCUGAACGCCACUCAGGCAUCGGAUGUCGAGAAAUUGUCUCCGGCAGAAGUGGACGUAUUGUGCAUUCUUUUGCAGAUGUUUACUCCCAAAGCUGCCAAAGCAUUAUCUGCUGCUGCGGACGUGCAAAAAAGCUCUCUGAGUUACUUGCUUGAGUCCCUGAAGGUUGAGGGAGGCUCUACAUCAGAUCCAGUAGUUUUGAAGCCCUGUAUUUCAGCUCUUGGAUGUUUGACAUCGGAGUUCACAAAUCAGCUUACAGUCCUUUUGAAGGAUGAACUGUUUCAAGCGUUGAUAAGACUGAGUUCUUCUACGUCUUCUGAUAUCCACGCGCCUGCACAAGCUGUGUUGCGAAAUAUUACUGUUCCUUCUGAAGUCAUUGCUGCUUAUUUGGGGCGCUUAAGUAACCAUAAUCAGGUUGUCGAACAAAGCCCUGCAAAGAAAAGGAGAGUGAAGCCGGUAAAGACUUCUGGCGUGAUUGUAUCUUGGUCUACUCCUCAGCAGCAAGUUUCAUGCACCGCUGCCGUGUUGGAAGUAUUGACAUGGCUUCCCAUCAUAGAAAACAGGCAAGAACUUGUGGUACCUUUGUUUGAGCUGCUCAAAUUUUCUCAAAGUGAGAAAUGGCCAUUACCUGUGGCGGAUCUCAACAGUGCAGAAGCUGGUGAAGAUGGAUCGAUGCCACGUAUCAGUCUUGAUUAUAUCCAACAACUAAUAUUUAUAAAUCUUGAGAGAUUAGCAACUUUUGUCCUAACCAAUAGCAACCGAUCUCAUGCGGAGCUUUUUGAUAUCGGCACUAUCGUUCAUUGUGUUGCGAACACUUCAGAUAGUACCACCAGAAACCAAGCUUUGAUGGUGCUCAUAGCCAUUGCAAGGGUUUUCCCCCAGAAAGUACUGAAGCACAUUGUUGACAUCUUCUCAGUAGUUGGGUCAUCCACAAUUACCCAGGAUGACAAGUAUUCUCACGACGUAACUCAGCAGCUACUCGUGGUCGUGGUUCCAUUUUGGUUGGAAACUAGCAAGGAUCCUACAGCGCUCUUGCAGAUUAUUGUUACAGCUCUUCCGCGGGUUCCGUCACACCGGAGAAUGUCGCUUGUCACCACUCUGCUCAGGGUUAUGAAGGAGAAAGACAGUCUUCAUCUAUUUCUUCGGUUACUUCUUGACGAAACAAUGCAUGUCACAAAUGGUGAAGAAGUAGCAGUUGAGAACGGUGAAACUAACAGAGAACUUCAGACAUGGAUGGAUCGCUGGGAAGUGAAGUUUGCUGAAGACCUUUGCCAGGAGUACGCUCCAAGUGUGUGGCUUCCAGCCUUAGUGAAGUUGCUCAAAGCCACUUCAGAAAGUAUCUCACCUGCUGCAAGACAAUUUAUUACUUAUCAGCUACAAGGUCUUCAUGGGAACGACAUAUCUCGCAUUCCUCAGGAGGCAUUUGUGGCCCUACUUGGGCAGGUUGUGAUGCAGUUGCAUUCAGGCAAGAAAGAAAAUCAGCUUUCGCUGGUUUCUCUCUUGGACUGUCUAACUCUUAUCAUGGCGCCAAUUACCUAUCUGGAAGGAUUAAUUAGAUUGCUUAAGAAUUCUGACAAAAAUAUCUGCCGAAAGGUGCUCCUCCUCUACACUGCAAGGAUGAAAAUGCAGGAUGAAAAUGGCGAGCGUCCUCAGAGAAGCAACAAGUUCGAGCACAAGCAGAAUGCUAAGAGUGUGCUGAAGAAAGAACCUGAAUUUCAAGAACGGAUGGUGUCACAGUUAUCGGAUAUAUUAGUAGCACCCACGGAAGAUAGUUCAGCAAAUGUCAAACUUGCAGCGUUGGAGGCUCUGGAAAGAUGUGCGACAAGAUUGGCGAAUACUGACCGCGCAGGGACUCUAAUUAAUAUCGUGCCUGCUGUGCUUUCCAUUCUGAGUGUAAAGAAAAAAGCACUUUCUGUCGCUGGGGUUCGUUGUGUUGGUACUCUUGUGAGCAUCUUGGGUCCACGAGCUUUACCAUCUCUGCCUGACAUCAGCACUCAGUUGUUUAUUAUGGGCAGGGAUGCUUCCUUAAGCUGCAGUGAUACUGAAGGAGUCAAAGAAUCUAAUGCUAACUCAGGAACCGAGAUAAUCGUCUCAAUUCUUAAAACUUUAAUAGCGAUUGUUGAGCAUUUGGGUGCCUUCAUAAAUCCAUAUCUGAAUGACUUAAUCUCCUACCUGGUACUCCAGCGAUCUGUUAUCAAGUCUCCUGAUGUUAAUGUGUCCAAGAAUGCAGCAACUCUGCGCGAGCUGAUCUCUGAAAAGAUUCCUGCACGUCUUUUGCUCGACCCCUUGAUUGUUACAUAUGAACGAUCUAUUAGUGUAGGUCCAGAAGCUACAAGUGCCUUGUUUCUCAUGGUAGCUGCAGUAGCUUCAAGGAUGGAUAGGACUUCAGUACCUUUGUAUUAUGUGAAGAUCUUCAACGUUUGCCUCCAGGCUUUGGACUUCCGGACCAAUAGACCCUCCAAUUUUGCAUCGAUUACAGAAGUAGAGAAGUCGGUCAUUGACGCUCUUUCCUCACUCGUUCUGAAGCUGAGUGAGAAUUCCUUCAAGCCCCUAUUUGUGAAUCUCCUAGAUUGGGCACUCGCUAGUUCUGUGGAAUCUAGUGGGCUUUCCGGAAAUCAGCCUGGUCGAAGAAUCGCUUUUUUCGGAGUUGUCCAACAGCUUUUGGAAAAACUUAGGUCUCUAUUUGUUCCAUAUUUCAGUUAUCUACUGGACAUAUGCAUUUCCACCCUCACAGAUGGUCAGUUCGUUGAAGACUCAGAUCCUGCGAAACCGAAGAAGAAAAAGAAGAGAGCAUCCGACGGUGGUUCUAAUUUAGGUCUAAGCUUUGCAUCAUGGCAUUUGCGCCAGUUGGUUCUCUCCUCUUUGCACAAGUGCUUCCUCUACGACACAAUCGGGUUCCUCGAUUCUGCCAAGUUUCAGCAAUUGUUAGGACCAAUUGUGUCGCAAAUCUUGGUGGAUGCGCCACUUGAUUUGGCUAGUGCCGAAGACGAGUACGAGAAGAUCGCGACCGUAGAAGAAAUGGACGAUACUUUAGUCUCUUGUGUCAGUCGGAUGGCUUUAACAGCUGGAAGCGACUUAUUCUGGAAGCCUUUGAAUCGUGAGGUGUUGAUGUGCACAAGAAACAAGAAGCUCAGGGCUCGCUUACUUGCACUGAGAAUUGUGAAGGAACUGGCAGAGAAUUUGAAGGAGGAGUAUCUCGUCCUGCUGCCAGAAACCCUUCCAUUCUUAGCAGAGCUUUUGGAAGACAGUGAACUGGAGGUUGUAGCAAAGAGUCAGGAAAUAAUCAAGAUCCUUGAGACCAACAGUGGUGAAAGUCUGUCACAGUAUUUUUAGGGACCAGAAGCUAUGUUAGUAUACCAAGUUGACAUUGUUUAGAUCAAAGCCGUGAUUUUGCUGGUUUGAGACCUUCAGAUUGCUUCCUGGAAUCUUUAUCGAAGGCAGCACUUCCUCCGCUGAUCUUUCUGCAAUGAAUUUAAACUCAUUUAUGCCUGCCUUUUUAAGGGCUCUGUUACCUCGCAAGAAACAAAUCGGAGAUUUUAUUGAAAUGUGUAGACGAGCAUAUAACUGGAAGCAAAAUUUUCUUUC